CCUGCUGUUCUGCUCUGAGUGAGUCUGCAGGGCGAAAAGCUCUCCGCCGAGGAAUUCAACAGGAGCUGCCGACGAAAAGGAGCUGGUUUCUGUCUGUCACCCAGGAGGUACAAACCCUGCGGUCUAAGAGGCCUCACCUGCCCUCCCUCAUCCUCCUCCCCUCCCCUCCCACCUCCUGUCUGAGCCCUGCACCUGUUCUGACUCGUCAGCCAGGUGAGGGGGAUCCUCUGGCCUUACGCUGUUUUUUCAGCUGACCGUAGCUGUGGGGCAAUUAGGAACCCAGUCUAUUCAUUUGACGGGAUUACUGCUUUACUCUGUAUCUCUCUCUCUCUGUCUCUCUCCCUAUAACCCACCUCCCUUCCCUCCCUGCCUAUCCCUACCCCCCUCCCACUCCAUCUCCGUCUAGCCCAGCCUGAGCCUGCUUGACACUGUGGCUGUGGGUACGUGUGGAGCUGCAGAAAUUUCCCUGCUGGAGUAAAAGUGUGGAUCACAUUGCAAGGACACGGGGGGGAAGAAAGGGUGAAAAGUUAUUCUCCUGGUGGAGAGGAAUUGGAUUGAGCAUUGGACGGCUGAGGGAGAAAAGAAAAGAAAACUCCAAACCAAAGGAUUCUGCAGUUGGAGGAGCAGCAGGUAUGAAAAGCCAGACUGUGGUUGUGUCUGUGGCUCUGCUGGCCCUGUGCUGCCUGCUGAUCCCCAGAGGAGGGGAGAGUGCUGGGGGGAUAGUUUCUCUCCAGCAGACUGAAGGGGAGAGGCAGGCAGGGGAUCAGCCGCGAGAAGAGUCCCUGGAUGACCCAGAAAGUGAACAUGGACUUGCACUGGACCUACACCCACUGGGAGGCAGCAAGAAGGGGAAGAGAGACACAGAGGAGGCUGCACAGGCAGGUGUUUCGGGCAGGGUGAGGAGAGCACCAGACGAAGGCAAAAAGAAGAAGAAGGACAAGAAGAAGAACAAAGACCCCAACGCCACCAAAAAGCCCAAAACUGACAAGAAAGGAAAGAAGAAGGACAGGCAGACAACAACCACAACUCUACCACCAACCACAACACCAAUCCCGACUGAACCACCUACUGAACCACCCACUGAACCAUACACAGACUACCCUUAUCCUGAUGUUGACACUGAUUACUGGAAACCAGAAGAUGACUACUGGGAGGCUGAGCCCACACCAUCCAAGCCCCGGCCCGAGGCUCCGAUCACAGAUCUUCCAUACGACUACUGGAAGCCCGAUGAGGAAGACCCAGGUGCUCCAGUAACAGACACCUACGAUGACUACUGGAAACCUGCUGAGAAAGAGCCGACCACUCCGGUGCCUGACCCCUACGAUGACUAUUGGACACCAGAUGAUACAGAACCAUACGCUCCCGUGACUGACAACUAUGACACCUACUGGAAAGAGGUGGACCCGACGCCCCCUUCCCCCGAGGUUGAUGGGAAGGCUGGGACAGAUGACACCGAUUACUGGGACGCCACAUACGAGGUGCCAGAGAGUCUUCCAUUCCCUGACGGUGAAGAGGUCAGCCCUGAAAUCAAAGUAGAAACUCUACCAGAGGAGCCCACAGCCACUUCUCCCUAUGAGGGGACGUGGUAUGAUGAUUACGACGAAUACGGAAUGAGGAGGAAAGAAGAUGAGACAGACGACAAAUGGAUGGAGAAGGAGAGGGCGAGAGCAGAAAAAGAAAGAGAGAGGGAAGAGAGAGAGAGAGCGCAGAAGCUGAAGGAGGCAGAGGAGCGGGCCAGGAGCAGACCACGUGUCUUCAAAGAGCCAAAGAAGUGUCCUCCCUUGGGGAUGGAGUCCCAUAAGAUCGAGCCAGACCAGCUUUCAGCCUCCUCUGUGUCUCAGUAUAGUUUUGCACCUCAGAGGGCGCGCCUCAACAUGCAGGGCUCAGACGAUGAAGACAACGUGAGAGGAGGAGCGUGGUGCGCAAACUCAGAGGACAGGAUCCACUGGUUCGAGAUAGACGCUCGCAGGGAGACGGAGUUCACAGGAGUCAUCACACAAGGACGAGACUCCUCGAACGAGAGUGACUUCGUUACGUCCUACUUCCUGGCUUUCAGCAAUGACAGCAGAGAAUGGACCACCAUCCACGAUGGAUACGCUGACUGGUUGUUCUUUGGAAACAGUGAUACGGACACUCCGGUGAUGAACCAGCUGGCACAGCCCGUGCUGGCUCGCUACAUCCGAAUCAUUCCUCAGAGCUGGAACGGCACUCUGUGUAUGAGGCUGGAGGUCCUAGGCUGCCCCCUGCCUGAUCCAGCUGUUGUUCAGUACAGGCUAAAUGAAGUGACUCCAGUAGAUUACUUGGAGUUCAAACAUCACAGCUACUCAGAGAUGGUUGCACUUAUGAAGUCAGUGAAUGAAGAAUGUCCCAACAUCACCAGUAUCUACAGCCUGGGUCGCAGCUCCAGGGGCAAAGAAAUCAUGGCCAUGGUCAUCUCUGGCAACCCCACAGAGCACGAAAUAGGUGAGCCCGAGUUUCGCUUCACGGCAGGUCUCCACGGAAACGAGGCCGUGGGUCGGGAGAUGAUCCUGCUCCUCAUGCAGUACCUGUGCAAAGAGUACAAAGACAGAAACCCCCGAGCCCAGCGGCUGGUGGAGGGAAUACGCAUCCACCUGGUGCCCUCGCUCAACCCUGACGGACAUGAGACAGCUUUCGAAGCGGGAUCUGAGCUGAGUGGGUGGACCACGGGACACUUCACAGAGGACGGCUUUGACAUCUUCCAGAACUUCCCGGACCUGAAUAGUAUCCUGUGGGAUGCUGAAGAUAAAGGCAUGGUGCCCAAACUCACCCCCAAUCACCACGUACCCAUACCAGAGAACUUAGAGGCCAACAGCUCGAUUGCUGUGGAAACCAGGGCCAUAAUCUCCUGGAUGAAAAGCCAUCCAUUUGUGUUGGGUGCAAACUUCCAGGGCGGGGAGUCAAUUGUGGCUUAUCCUUAUGACAGCUUACGUCUCAACAAGCCUGCCGAGAGCCAGAAACCCCACAGCCGCAAGAAGAGACAGUACGAAGAAGAAGCUUUUGAUGUGACGGAGUGGGGAAGGGGCUACCACGAGGAGCCAGAGGAAGACUGGAGAGGAAGGGGAUACGCAGAGCCAGAGGAGGAGUGGAGGGGCCAGGGCUACGAUCAUGGCCAAGGCUACGACCACGGCCAAGGCCAAGGCUACGACCACGGCCAAGGCCAAGGCUACGACCACGGCCAAGGCUACGAUCACGGCCAAGGCUACGACCACGGCCAAGGCUACGACCACGGCCAAGGCCAAGGCUACGACCACGGCCAAGGCUACGACCACGGCCAAGGCUACGAUCACGGCUACGACCAAGGUUAUGGCCGCAGAGAGGAGGAAGAGGAUGACAGAGGAAGAAGCGCCGGCUACCAGUACGCUGAGCACGAGGAUGAGCCUCGUGUGAUUGCAGACGAGUCCCUCUUCAGGUGGCUGGCUGUCUCCUACGCCUCCACACACCUGUCCAUGACACACAACUACCACGGCUCCUGCCACGGAGACACUCCCACAGGGGGGCACGGCCUCGUCAACCGGGCCAAAUGGAAGCCAAUCACAGGAAGUAUGAAUGAUUUCAGUUACCUGCACACAAACUGCUUUGAGCUGUCCAUAUUCCUGGGAUGUGAUAAGUUCCCUCAUCAGAGUGAGUUGGCGUACGAGUGGGAGAAGAACAGAGAAGCAAUGCUCAUCUUCAUGGAGCAGGUGCAUCGUGGCAUCAGGGGCAUUGUGAAGGACCAGCAGGGGAACGCCAUCGCAAACGCCACUGUGUCUGUAGAGGGGAUAAACCAUGACGUCACUACGGCACCAACAGGGGACUACUGGCGGCUGCUUAACCCGGGGGAGUACCGGGUGACGGCUCGAGCUGAAGGGUUCUCCCCUGUGACCAAACUCUGUGUGGUUGGUUACCAGUCAGGAGCAACCGCCUGCAGCUUCAACCUGGCCAAGUCCAACUGGGACCGCAUUAAACAGAUCAUGGCUCUCCAUGGCAACAAGCCGAUUCGACUCAGCUAUAGCACCAACAAAGUACAGCACCCUCCAGUUGUUAACAGCAACAGGCGUGUGGUUGGCGGCAACAGCGGGUAUACACAGAACUCUGGAAUCACUGAAAGGCAGAGGAGGCUCAGGAUAGCUCGCCUCCGUCGCCUCCGGCAACAGAGAUUACUGAAGUUAAGAUCGACGACGACGUUACCACCGACAACAACCACAAUUCCCACGACAGAAAGCACCACACCCUGGUAUGACUGGGCGAUAGGGGAGGGACAGUCCUCGACACCCGGCGGUUUCAUAGACUCCAUCCUGGAUUAUAACUACGAGUACAAGAUUGAUGACUAUUAAACCAAAACACACACACACACACACAGUUAACAUGCAACCGUCCUCUUCUACUUGUAGUUCUCGUUGCCAUGUUGUACAAGCAAUGGCAAUGUACAGAAUAUUAACUAUAUUAAUUGUAUAAAGAUAGUGUAUCUACUACUCAACAAAAUGCCUCUUCACAGAAAGUGACCAUGUUAAUUAAUUGUACUUCAGUUUGACUUUACGAAUCCUUUUUGCUUUAUGAAAAGAUCUUUUAUUGUGGAUGCACGUGACCAUUUUUUUUUCUACAUCAAAGUUGAAAUAUUUACAUCCAUGGCAGAGAUAUUUUUUACAGUAUAGACGGUCACAAAAGGUUUUGUUCAAGGCUGGUAACAGAGUCAAAGAUUCUUCUGUCAUGUUUCCCCAGUUGGGGUAGAAGUUAUUUUUCAAAUAAAUGCUUGUUAAUACACA